ACAAGGAAGUGUAGUCGGAAGAGCUGCAAGUGAGGAGACGUUUGCUGUUUUUAUUCCGUUAACUGCUUACAUUUGGUGGCGCGUUUAAACACAUGGAGACGCCGUCUUAUUUUCCCGUUCCUCCCGGUGUGGGGAUGGAGGAGAAUUUUUUAUCUCUCGACGACAUUUUGCUUUCCCAGGAGAGGCUGCCUGUUCGAACGGAGUGUGUUUUCCCACGGCUUGGAUUCCUGGAGAAGUCCAGUGACUCGCAGGACAUUCCGGAGGGAACAAAGAUGGAGAUUCCUCUGUGGCUCUCUAAGGGUCUGUAUGAGAGGAAGAGGAAGGUGCUGACUGUGGAGCUUCCUAAAGUCUACAAAGAGGGCUGGAGGACGGUGUUCUCAGCUGAUCCCAACGUGGUGGACCUGCAUAAGAUGGGGCCCUACUACUAUGGCCUGGGUUCCCAGAUGCUACAUUUUGACAGCCCCGAAAACCCAGACAUUGCAAAGACUUUGCUGCAGACGUUCAUCGGCCGCUUUAGAAGAACGAUGGACUCGUCUCAGAAUGCCUACAAUGAAGACACAUCUGCUCUGGUGGGACGGCUGGACUGCUUGGAGAAGGUUCUGUUCAGGUCCGGUCAGAACGGCCUGAACGGCUUUCAGAGCUGGGAGAAGGGUCAGGCCUCGCAGCUCACAGCCUCCAGCCUGGUCCUGAACUACCGCAAGAGGAAGCUCAUCGAUGUUCAGGCCUGACCUCGGACCCUUAGAGCACAUUUACCUUGGACCUGAUCUAAACCCGACCCAAUGCUGGAACAGAAACACCAGCUGGAGGGAAAACCCAUUAAAACCUUUCAUGUCUCAAUGUUUUAUCUUUCUGUAUGACUAUAAGUGAACGUUUCAUGUUUUUGUUAAGAUUAAAGAGAUGUACUCAUUUUAAAAUGAGAUUUAAAAAAAUCAAGCAUAACUUAACUUGUACAGUAAAGCUCAGCUUAACUUUGGUAAGAAAAUAAUAAAAUAAAGCAGCGCACUCAGUGAUCUUCUUAACCAUCUGCUGCAUCUGUUGUGUUGCUGUUGUUACAAGCUAAUGAUGUCAGUCCAGAUGUUCUCCACAGCGCUGGGUUCUUCUGAAGCUGUGAAACAUGAAUAUUUGGGGUAUAUCGUGAUAGAGAAGCAAAGUCCAUUUUUAUUUUAUAUUUCUCAUCAAAAACGCAAAAAAAUGAAAGGUUAUAUGACAAAUUCAGGCGCAGGAAGGCUGUGCAAGGCAGCUGGUAAACAUUUGAAGGACUUCGCUUUAAAACUCUUAUUCAAUGCGUCGGUGUAAUAUUAAAUAUGUUUUCAUAACUUAUUAAAAACCUUUCAGUUAGAAUUACUAUAUAAGAACAGUAACAGAUGAUCUGGUCUCUAUAGAUUCAUGGAUAUUCAAUGUCAUCCUCUUAUUACAAUUUAGCAAAACUAAAGUGUGGUAAAUUUGGUGUUAAAUUGUUGGAAUCCACAUUUUUGGUUAAAACUGUCAGACAAACAUGGACACUGGGGGAAAAAGUAAAGAUGGAAAUUAGAAUUCAGGCCUUAAGUGCUAAAAAUGAAGCAUGGUUCCAAGCUAAUGUAAUUGGGUUAAAUAAAAGUAGGGCUCAGCAAAGUGGCUUGAAAAUAAAAUCUGAUUUAUUUAUUUAUUUUAGUCCUGUCUAGCAAUGUUUCAUUAACAAUUGUCUUAAUGCCAGAAAGAGCCCAACAGGUAGCUUUGGUCAAAGCGCUCUCCUUGAUUUAUGUAUGCAAAUAUAUAAAACCAUAUCUCUGAU